UCGGCACUUUCCAAUUUUGCCCCCCGCGUCUCUCCACUCGCUCGCUCACUCGCCCAGCCGCACUGCCUGCGCUCACUCUCUCCCACUCGCCCAGCCGCACUAGCCGGCCUCGCCGUCGCUUGCCGGCCUCCCCCCUCUCCCCGUAGCUCGUCGGCCUCCUCGUCGCUCACCGGCCUCCCCGUCUCCCCAUAGCUCACCAGCCUCUCCCUCUUCCACCGCCACUUCUCCACCACCCCGCCUCCACUCACAUCCCGGAGGUAAAAAAAGUCCAAUCUUUUGCGCCGGCGACGAGCCUCUACUCCACGGAGGCGUGGAUAUGGAUGUGCUAGCGCUGGAUCUGGGCGACGGAGGCGUGGAUGUGGAGCGGCACCCGAGCGGCCGAUCUGGAGCGGUGCCGGAGCGGCGGAUCUGGAGCAACGUCGUCGUCCUGACGGUGCCCUGCCCCGCCACGCCACGUCGUCGUCGUCGCGGAGUAGCUGCUUCCUCCUGCAUGAAAAUGGAGAACGAGAGGGAGGGGCAAAUCACGGCCGCCAUCAUGGAUUUGAAUCUUCUCUUCUUACGUUGCUGUAGUACUGGCUGCAGUCUUGCUGAGAAGGAGCACGCCCAGGAGAAGAAGGAUCAGGAGAAGGCCCUGAGGACCUGGGAUCGCUGUUGCUGGAUCUGGAUCUGGGACCUGGGACCGCUGCUGCUGCAUGCUCCUUCUGGGAGACGAGGAUCCUCCUUGGCGCCCCUGGAUCACUGUUGCUGAAGACGCCCCUGGAGGGGACCUGGGCCUGGGAGCGUGGAGGAGAAGCAGGGGCGGGCGGGCGGGUGAUGGCCUGGCGGAGAAUUUCAAAUCCUCGGAUGGAGGAAGAAGACGAUGGGGAUACCGAUUCAUACUAGGGGCAGCGAUGUAAAUUCCACUGUUUUCACCUGGUCGGAACCAAUCCUCCAGCGGCCUACAUUUCGGAACGGAGGGAGUACUUGCCAACAAUUAUGUAUAAUAAAUCAUGUCAUUGUAUCUAGAAAAAGAUAUAUUGUGUUUUCUGCUGUUGUAUUGAGUUGCUAUCUAUUGCUAAUGGUACGAUGUUGCUAUUGCUCUGUGUCAUGUUAUGCAAGUUGACACCGAGUACACGUUGGAUGAUAUACUUAUAUAGUAAAUAGCUAAA